AUGGAUGCAGAACAACUGAGAGAGAACGCUCACAAGAUGGUAGAUUUCAUUGCUGAUUACUACAAGAACAUCGAGAAUUUCCCUGUCCUCAGCCAAGUUGAGCCUGGGUAUCUAUGCAAACUACUGCCAGAUGCUGCACCUACACGCCCUGAAACCUUGCAAGAUGUUCUUGACGAUGUUCAGGCAAAAAUAUUUCCUGGGGUGACCCAUUGGCAAAGCCCUGAUUUUUUUGCAUAUUAUCCUUCUAAUAGCAGUGUUGCGGGUUUUUUGGGAGAAAUGCUCAGUGCCGGAAUUAAUAUGGUGGGAUUCAGCUGGAUAACUUCUCCUGCAGCCACAGAACUUGAAAUGAUUGUUUUGGAUUGGCUUGCUAAAUUACUUAAGCUUCCUGACAAUUUCCUUUCAACAGGGCAAGGUGGUGGGGUAAUACAGGGCACAGCAAGUGAAGCUGUUCUAGUUGUACUACUGGCUGCCCGUGAAAAAGUUUUGAGAAGUGUUGGAAAAGAUGCCCUUGGAAAGCUUGUGGUUUAUUCUUCUGAUCAAACUCAUUCUGCUGUACAGAAAGCCUGCCAGAUAGGAGGAAUUUAUCCAGAGAACUGUCGGGUGCUCAAAACAGAUUCUUCCACUGAAUAUGCUCUUUCUCCAGAUGCACUCAAUGAAGCAAUUGCAUGUGACAUUGCCACGGGUUUAAUCCCCUUUUUCUUAUGUGCUACUGUUGGUACUACUUCAUCUACAGCUGUGGAUCCUCUGCUUGCACUGGGAAAGAUUACUAAGAGUUAUGGAAUCUGGUUUCAUGUGGAUGCUGCAUAUGCUGGAAGUGCUUGUAUAUGCCCUGAAUUUCGCCAUUAUAUUGAUGGUGUUGAAGAAGCUGACUCAUUUAACAUGAACGCUCAUAAAUGGUUUCUAACUAACUUUGAUUGUUCAGCGCUCUGGGUUAAG